CGUCCCAUCUUCAUCGUUCUGAUCAUCUCAUCACCUCCUGUUCUGUCAGGAUGCCGCCUCGACGGCGUCUGCUGCGCCUGAGCGAACGAGUAGCGGAAAUUAGCCUUGAGCCUGAAGCUGAGGCGGCUGUGGAGGACGAGGGCCAAUCAAGUCAAGUGGGACAGGGUUCCGGUCGCCUGCCGGCGGUGAGCGAAGGCCGCUUCGCAGCUCCUACGACCAACAGCAGCAGCAGCAGCAGCUCGGCCGCCUCAUCCUCAUCCUCAUCGCUUGGGUCUUGGCGCUUCUCCUAACGAGAGAAAACUCUCUUUGCCUUGUCGCUACCCUUACCGAUGGACUAGGGUGGCGGCUGUCUUGUAGACAUAGCCGCCGCAAUGAGCACCCGUGAUCGAUUCUUCUCUUCCCUCUCGUCAGCUCAGGAUCAACUCUUCUCGCGGUUGGACUCAUUACAACAGCAGCACUUUCCGCAGGGAGCAGCCAACACCGCAGGAUCAUCCUCCUCGCAUCAAGGCGUGCACGUUGCAUCGCAACGUCAACAGCGAGAGGACGACGAGGAGAAUCUCCCCACUUACGCGCCCGACCAACCACACAACGCAGCCCCCAUCCCUCAUUCGGUCCUCACAGCGCCACCUGGCCAAGCGCAGCAGGCGUACGAUUCUAUGCCACGCUCGCGCCUCGAGAAUGCCUCUGCGCCGGACAGGGACAGGCGGAGAGCUGCGGAGGAGCUGAGGCGACAUCAGGAGAUGCUGCACAAGGGCGGUGCAGCCGGUGGCGGCGGGUUGACGCAGGAGCAGAGGGCGAUGGGACUUAAGACGGUACAUUCUUAUGCUGCCGGGAAUGGCAAGGUCAUACUGGAUAUUCAUACCUUGCCGCAACGAAGCCCGACUUUCAUGGGCGGGAGCGCUGAGCGAGGGCGAGGAGCAUUGCAGGGCCAGGCGGUCCUAUUCACUCAGGACGCUGAGAGGAUCACGGCGGUGAGAUUGAAGAUCAAAGCCGUAUCAAGCAUCUCCCUCCCGCGGUCGCACCUGCCCCCGUCUAAUGAUCCCUCCCGACGUUCAGCCGGUCCUGCCCCUUCAGGCCCCGUAGUCCUCUCUGGUCGUUCUCCUCGCGCCGAACCCACCACAGCGAAAGAGCAUCUCCUGCUUCAGCUCGAAAAGACUCUGUGGUCCGCCGACUCUGUAAAUACAGGGCACAGUCGCAGCGCUUCAGCAGACGGCCGAGAUCCCACGAGCUGGAAGGCUGGCCGGCACGUCUUUGACUUCAAGAUCGACCUGCCAUCGCAGAGCAAAGAUGGAAAGGAUUUACCACCCUCUUUCGUUUUUCUGGCCGAUCCCACCGCUUCGGGCUCCUCCGUACCCCCAACGCGAGCCGGGCAGCAGGGCCUGGGGGACUCGUUGUCCAUGGCAAAGAAAUGGGUCGAGCAAGCUGGCGGCCUCUCAACAGGAGAGGGGGAGUGGGCAUCCAUCAAGUGGUACGUCAAGCUCACCGUGGAGCGACCAGGCCUCUUCAAGAGCAACGAGAGGAUCUUUGCCCCCUUUGUGUAUCUGCCACCGCCGAGUAGGAAGGUGCAGGAAAGGGUGUUGCCCAAUAGGAUCAGGCUAUCACAGCAGGUCAGACAGAAUCCGACCAUGCCGGGCAACGCGCUGGCCGAGCCAAUGGCAUCGUGGGGUGGCAGCGAGCUCGACCUUAACGCGACAGGCGUCACAACGAAGCCGGGAAAGGGAGGGCUGGGCAAGGGCAAGGGCAAACAGUCUGCGAACGGCUCAGGAGGGGGUAUGUGGUCUCGCUUCCUCAAAGGCCCCGCUCUUGCAGGCUCUUCCUCUUCCUCCUUGGACGGAGCAAGGUGGUCGAUCUCUCUACCCAACCAGCCCUCCAUUUGGCCGCUCAAGAGCAGCCUGCCCUACCAGAUUUGCGUGGAGGGAGGACCAGGAGGGCUCAGGCCACCCAUAUUAGGGCUCUUUCUGCGUGUCACGCUGAUGAAUGCAGGCAAGGGAUUGUUGAGCAGCAAGAACGCGCCACAGAGCGGGACGGAGACUCGCCUCAUUGCCACUGGUCGUCUCUACGGAGGCGAGAGCCUUCGCUCGAAUGGCUCAUCCGCGCUAACCCAGACGUGGCGGGGCAUCCUAGACCUACCCCCUCAAGCAACACCAGACUUCGAGUCACCCCUCGUCGACACGGAGUACUUCAUCGGCGUGCAGAAGGAGCCCGGCAGCCGAAUCGUUUGGGCGCAGAAGAUUUUGCUGGUCUGCAACGUGCCAGCGGUUAUUGUUAGGCGCAAUACUACGGCUACGAAUGGUGGUACAGUCCGAGGCGUGAGAAGGGUGCCGUCCGCAUCCAUGAGGAGAGGGAGUGCGGGACGUGUGAACGCAGGAGCGGGAGGCACGAUUCGAGCUAGCAGUGGGAAGACGCCUCCGCCGAUGCCGAGCAAGGGAGGAGGAGCAGCGGGAGGCAAAACGGCGAUGGCAGGCUCGUCGUCGAAUAUCGCCAGGCGGCCGGACGAAGCUCCUCGUCGACCAUCCUCGUAUGCGGCAGCGGGCCCGUCCACCCCAGCCAAGCAACGUCUCAGUGCUCAGCAACAGGCACAAGCAUCCUCCUCAUCUUCCCCGCCUUCACGCCGCAAUAGCCCACCAUCAGGAACGUCACGCCUGCCACCGGGUAGCUCGACGGUUGCCGCGAUCGUGCCGCCUCCUCCUGCCCAUCCCUCGACCUCAGCCAGACGGCCCGACGCUGCGUCACGAAGAAGCAGCGCAGCCUCUACGAGCGUCAUGCCUGGUGCUGGUCCAGGCUCUGCGUCCUCAUCAGCCGUCGGUGUGGGCACCACCGCCUAUCCACCGGAGAAGGUGCCUCCUCCUCCUCCCACGUCCUCCGCCGCGGCUCCUCCUCAGCCCGAGGAGAGAGAACCCACCUCUUCCCGCUCUCGUCGUCGGGAACAUGAAGCUGCUUCGCAGGCCGCCUCUCGCUCUUCAUCUCGUGCGCCAUCGGAGGCCCACUCUGGCUCUGGCGGACACACUGUGGUCACGGAUGACGGCAAUGAUGCUGAUUGGGAGUUCCAAGACGGGGACGGGGCAGAGGGAGAGAAUCUGGAGGACAUGGGGAUGGACAUGCCGCCAAGCUAUUGGGAGGCUGUGCGGGACGGACCAGGGGAGGACUAGAGUAGGCGGUGGAGUGGUGGAGUCACCAUAUGUGGGGAAGCGGGUCGAAAACCUUGUCUAUACCAGCUCUUGUUGAGUCUUCGGAGCAGCGGAUGUCUCAUAGCCCGCGUAUCAUCACGUUGUAUCGUGUGUCGUGACCAUCUCGUCUCACAAUAUGAGACAAAUCUUACUCAACUCGACGCGAUACCAUUCAUGCC